GAGCACAUCUGCCUGUUUUUUUUUUUUUUGUUUUUUGUUUUUUUGCAGGAAUAUGGCAUAAAUAAAGUGGAGAAACUGGACAUAGCAUACGCCUACUGCCUCCCACUGGUCAGAAAGAUCCAACUUGACCUGCAGAGGACCCAUGAGGAUGAGUCUGUCAACAAACUGCACCCUCUGUACUCUCGAGGGGUGAUGUCUCCUGGACGCCACGUCCGGACCCGUUUAUAUUUCACCAGUGAGAGCCAUGUCCACUCCCUGCUCAGCAUUUUCCGCUAUGGGGGCUUGCUUGAUGAGGAGAAGGACCAGCAGUGGAAGCGUGCCAUGGAUUACCUCAGUGCUGUCUCCGAACUCAACUACAUGACUCAGAUUGUCAUCAUGCUGUAUGAGGACAACAAUAAGGACCUCUCCUCUGAGGAACGCUUCCAUGUAGAGCUUCACUUCAGUCCUGGUGUGAAAGGUGUUGAGGAGGAGGAGAAUGCUCCCACCGGCUUUGGCUUCAGACCCGCCUCUGCAGAGGUAGCACGGCAGAAUGGGCAAAAACCACCUGACCCCAGCAGCCUGGAGGACCUCUCGCGGGAUGAAACUGACCGGGCUGUGCCACUGUCUGAGCCAAUCACCAUUCAGAGGAAGUCCCCACUUAUUCGCAACCAUAAGACUGGAUCCAUGGAGGUCCUUUCGGAAACCUCUUCCUCCAAAGUAGGCAGCUACCGCCUCUUCUCGCUCUGCUCUCGUCAUUCCCCCGAGAUGAAACAAAGUGGAUUAGGCUCUCAGUGCGCUGGGCUCUUCAGCACCACUGUCCUAGGUGGGUCCUCUAGUGCCCCCAACCUGCAGGACUACGCACGCGCACACCGCAAAAAAUUCUCCACCGGCAGUCUGUCCUACAAAGACGAGUUGUUGUCAAUGCCGGCAGUAAAACGAUUUUCUGUGUCGUUUGCAAAGCAUCCGACUAAUGGAACACAAGACGACACCUCCACCACUGCAGUGGCCCCAUCACUCUGGUGCACUGCGGCAGAGCCCCUGGAGGAGCACCAUGUGGCCCAGUUGUUGAGGCGUUUCUCCACUGACCUCAGCCUGGGCCGCCACCUCUCUCUGGACCGGGCACUGGCCCACCACCUCCAACAGUGCUCCUACCACCUCCGCCUCUUCCGAAACUGGCUCAUCUCCGGCCACGAUCCCCUAGAGUACCUCUACGGCUUUGAAGGCUGCUCCAUGGUGCCCUCCAUCUAUCCUUUGGAGACGCUGCACAACUCACUGUCUCUGAAACAGGUUAGCGAGUUCCUCACUGGUGUGUGCGAGAAUGCAGGGGAUCCACACACUAGGACUACCAGAGCUCUGUCAGCCAUGUUUGAUGCCCACAGCCAGCCAUCAGUAGACUCGUACAUCCCUCAAAGAGUCCUCUCUUCCUCCAUCUCUCUCAGAUCUCGUUCUGACAGACCUCCUUGGUACAGCAGCGGUCCAUCCAGUACAGUAUCCAGUGCUGGGCCAUCCUCUCCCACCACAGCUGACACCUCCCCAAGGUUCAGCUUCAGUGAUAAGAUCUCCCUCACCCCUCAGAGCAGUGAGGAAACCCACUCGACUCAAAACCCUUCUACUCAGCUGGCUCCUGUGGUUGCAUCAAACGCCCAUGACCCAACUGACUCUCCUGUUCCAAACCUCACAGAAGUCCCCCUGACUCCAAAUAACUCGCCAGAAGAUGAUACUGAGCCCUGCACAGUCAUUGACCACCAGCCUGACAACCCUGAACCACCACUGGAAGUGGAAGAAGGGCCUUCAUUAGCUGCAGAUCCUUCCAACGGUGUAGUUUCAGAUCCCAGCCUCAGGCCUCCCUGCUCAGCAUUAGCUGAACUCUCUCUGGGUCGGAUGGAGGGUUACUGCCUCCCGGGCUCCCUGCCUGUGCUGCUGGAGCUCAGAGAGAGCAGCAGCGAGGCGGGCUCCAGCUCCCAGACGCCCCAGUCUCCAGAGGGACCUGAUGAAUUUUUUGAUACCCAGGAGUCUAUGGAGUUGUGGAUGGACAGUCCAGAAAGCCUCCCACAUCAAGAGACAGCUCUGGAGGUUGGACCCACUAACACAGCAGAGCCAUAGAGUAACACUGGGGCAACAUUUUAUCAAGGUCAGAAACUGCUGUGGUGGCAUCUCCAACAAUACAGGCAUCAUCAUUAUUGUGAACAGCGAAGUAUUGUACUGAGCUACAGGCAUCCAGGCCUUCCCUUUAUCUCACAGGUCCUCUUGCCUAUUGACUCUGAUGAGUAAUCUUGGGCAGCUCUGUGUUAAAGAAUCAUAUGACAAUGCCGUACAUGCUGUUCAUUGCCUUUGAAACUGAGCCAUUCAGUCCUCUGGUUCAGUCCAUCCAUGUGUAAAGAUGGAACAACUCGGUAGAAGGUCAAGCUAAAUCAAAAUGCUUUUUGUUACUGUCACUCGUAUGCUGUUUGUUUGAAGUAGCAUCGUAUCAUUUUAGCCACUGGGGGGGCAGAAAACCCCAAAGCAGGUGAGUCUUAAAUGUGCUAUUAGCUAAAAGCUUGAGUUAAAUGAGGCUGAAAAGCUGCAGAAAAUUGGCAUGAAAUAAUUAACCUGGGUUUUUGUUGAUUUUCUGCUUGUGAUUUAUUGUGACCAUAAAUUUACUGAUUAAUGGAGCUUUAAAUUGUGUUACGUGUGCUGGAUGUAUAUCUACAUAAUCAACAGCCUUUCAUAGCACCAGCUUUCAGGGCACGUUGAUGUGGUUAACCAUCGCUAGUCGAGCAGCAGGCUUUCCGUUUGUUACCCAAUACAAAAGCUAAUACAUGUUGCUUUUAUGAUAAAACGCAGAGUUACAAAAUACAAUCAUCAAAUCUUCUGCUCUUCAGUCUGCAGCAUCCAUCAGGUGCCAAGCUUCUGUGGUACUGCAUGUUUGAUUUUUAAAGAAACUUAAAGCUGAGUGGCAGCAGCUGAAUCCUCAUUACUGCCGGUGAAACGUAAGUGUUCAGUCUCCAGGUCAAACCGUGUGCACUGCUUACUGCCAAAGUCCUUAAGCCUCAUUAGAUAUUUAAUAUAAUCAGUAGGAAAUAAUAGAGAAAAUAUUUAUUUUGAAACUGCAUCUUAAACAAAAAGUUUGUAUUUUUAAUAUCCAUACACCAGAUAUGUAAUUGUAUCAUAACUAUUGUGUAUAUUUCUUUGUAAAGUCACGACAUGAUGCAGGAAAAAAAAAUCUGAAAGCUAAUCUCUUAUUUUAUUGCUGAACAAACAGGACGGGCAUUUUACGUUCAGUGUGCUUUUAAUCUGGCAACCAGAUAUGUAGCAGCUGUGUGCGUGGAGGCGUGCACACGUGCUCGAGAAACUAUUCAGGUAGGCGAGGACGCUGAUGUGCAAUUCUGUGUUUCAGUCCGGUUUCAUGUGACAUCACAAAGUACUGCAGGUGAAAGCCAUGACUAAAGGUUUGUGAAACUCCGACCUGUCUGUGUGUACAGAAUAAAAACAUGAUACCAA